UCCAGGCAGGUAGUACAGAGAGCUGUGCGGUAGGAACCUAUCACAGCUUUAGAAUAUGUCUGCAGGCACACUGUUCUUUCUGGAGUGGCCCUUGCCAGGCGCGGUGUUCUGGUGUCUGCUAGUCUCCUUUUACUUACUUGUUUGUUUUUAUUUAAAUUUGUCAUAAAUAUUCAUACUCUAGAUUGGUGUCCUAGAGAAGCGUGGGAGGGCAGAGAGGUGAAGAGAGAGAGAGAGGGAGAGAGAGAGAGCAUGUGGCAAGAGAUAUUUAGGCUUGGCCUUUGAAGUCCAAGGAGGUGAAUUUGAGGUGACUUUGAUCUUAAAAAACAAAAACAAAAACAAACAAUUAAAGAGUUCCCACAAGGCAGCUGGAGUGCCAAGCAGUGGGAGACUUUCCUAUUGAUUCAGGUAGGUAGGAGCCACUAGAGCAGGGAAUGCUGAAAUGGCCCAUACUAGAGUCUGCAGGAGGAGUGUCCCUCAGAGGAGGAGCCAGCCGCAGGGACAGGGAGGGAGGACCAUCCCUUAGAGAAGUAGAUGCAUGGCUGAGAGAGACGGUGCAGUGUAUGGAGGAGUGUCUGCAGCAAGAGCGGGGACAGGAGAGAGGACCAAGAUAAGGAGAGAAGAGAGCAGGCCAGAUAAAAAGAAGAGCCCUGACUUGCACGCCUGCAAGUCCUGAACUUUGGUGACUGAGGCAGGAGGAUUACCUUUAGUUCAAGGCUAGACAGGGCUUCAUAGUGAGACCCUGACUCAAAACAAAAUAAAUCAAAAAGUUACCAAAUGAAACCCCAACAGUAUAGUUAGGGGAGAAAGGAAAAAUGUAUGGCGGAGGUGGUAAAGUGAAGGGGGGACAUAAGGAGGUGAUCUCUGUCUAGACCACUGGGCUCCAUCAUCCUCAGGCCACCCCAAGGCCCAGGGCUCUCUGGUCCAUUGCUCUUUGGCCACCCCAAGGCCCAGGGCUCUGUGGUCCACUGCUCUCCAGCCCCUGGACAGUUGACUCAGCACCUUUCUGCUUCCCCUUUUCCCAUCCUCCCCUCUAACUGCCAGCAUGGUUAGUGGCGUAGGCAGGACUGCUCAUCCAGGCCCAGGCUGAAUGCUUUUCACUGAAUUGUGACUUUUUGUCCUAGGGUCCCAGCCAGUGUCCUCAACUUGGGGCUCCUACUCUCAGCCCCAGUCACCUGAAUGAUGUCCUUGUCUCCUAACAUUUUUUCCCCCUUAGAGAUAAGGUUUCUCUGUGCAGCUCUGGCUUUCCUCUCCUGGAACUUACUAUGUAGACCAGGCUGCCCUCGAAGUCUGAGAUUUGCGAGACUCUGCCACCCAAAUGCUAGUUUUUUUUUUUUUUAAAGAUUUAUUUAUUGUUAUAUGUAAGUACACUGUAGCUGUUUUCAGACAGACCAGAGAACAGAGAAGGGUGUCAGAUCUCAUUACAGAUGGUUGUGAGCCACCAUGUGGUUGCUGGGAUUUGAACUCAGGACCUUUGGAAAAGCAGUCAGUGCUCCUAACCGCCGAGCCGUCUCUCCAGCCCCAAAUGCUAGGUUUAAAGACGAGCUUCACUCCUGCCUGGCUUGUCCUCUAACAUCUUUAAUUAAUUAACUUAACUAAUUACUUUAGAUACAGGGUCUCACUGUGACAUUCUGACUGGCUUGGAAUUUGCUACGUAGGCUAGUGUGGCCUCAGACUCAGAGAUCGGCCUGCCUCUCCUCCCCAGUGCUGGGAUUAAAGCCGUGCCCCACUGUUCCAUUUAUCCUGCCUUUUCUGACUUAUUGGUUCCGUGCCAUGGUUUGGACGUGGGUGUCAGUUUGUUCUUCUGCCGUGUGGGACCUGGGAAUCGACCAGGGUCAUCGGGUGCCUUUGCUUUUCUUUUAAGCUGUCUUCUAACCUGUUUGUUUUGUGUUGUGUUUUGUUUUUGAUCGUAGUGGUGGUGUUUUGAGAUAGGGCCUCAUAUCACUAUAUAGCCAAGGAUGUCCUUGAACUCCCAAGCUUCCUGCCUCCACCUCAGUGCUGUUUGUGCAUGAGUGUGUGCGCAUGCACAUACACGUUGUUGUUGUUGUUGUUGUUUUGAGACAGUUGUUCAGUAGCCCAGGCUUGCUGCAAUAGUCUUAGUCUUCCUGUCUUAGUCAGGAGUUAACAGGCAUGGGCUACCACAGCUGACAUUGUCUUUUCACCUUUUCUGGCUCUUGGAGCUUGGGGAGGAACAGUAAAGAAGUCAAGGACUCUGACAGAAGCUGGAGGAGGUAGGGGAAGCUUAAAGGCAAAGGUAAACAUAGACCUCGGGGUAAGAAGGUACUCAAGAGUGCUGCAGGCCUAGCGCUGUGAUCUGGAGUUCACAGGGUUUCUUGGGUACUGAGCCCCCACCUCUGUACGUACACACACACACACACACACACACACACACACACACACUCUGCUAGUGAGGGAUCUCUUUUGGGCUUUGACUGAGUGUAAGUAGAAGAGUUAGAGGGUUCGGAUCCUGGCCUCUGAGUUGAUGGUGUCUGAAGAGGCAUCCUGGCCCCCACCCCCAGCCAAUCUAAUAGGGGAAUCUCCUGCUUUGCCAUCCCUGCUCCCCCAUGACUGCUCUGAAGACAGCAGCUCCAACACCCGUUGUCAUGGUUAUGAGAGGAGCUAACUCCCAUAGAUUGGAAAGCGCUGGUGAGCUGGCACCCUCUGCUUCACUGGUCCUCCCCUCUCUCUGCGCAUCUUCCCCCGGCACAGAGAAAUCGUACAGCAGCCCGGGGGCGAGCAGAGCUAAGGCUGGAAGGUGGAGUGAGGACGCAGAGCUCUAGAGCUAGGGAGAUGAGUGGGAACAGGAGGCAGCCCAGUCGCCGGGGUCAGACCCGGGAAAAGGAGAAGAUGAAGGAAGCUAAAGAUGCCCGCUAUACCAACGGCCACCUCUUCACCACCAUCUCCGUCUCCGGCAUGACCAUGUGCUAUGCCUGUAACAAGAGCAUCACAGCCAAGGAAGCCCUCAUUUGUCCUACAUGUAACGUGACCAUCCACAACCGCUGUAAAGACACCCUGGCCAACUGUACCAAGGUCAAGCAGAAGCAACAGAAAGCUGCACUGCUGAGGAACAACACUGCUUUGCAGUCUGUCUCCCUUCGAACGACCACCAGAGAGCGGCCAACGUCUGCCAUUUACCCUUCCGACAGCUUCCGGCAGUCCCUCCUGGGUUCUCGGCGGGGCCUCUCCUCCUUAUCUUUGGCCAAAAGUGUUUCCACUACCAACAUUGCUGGACAUUUCAAUGAUGAGUCUCCUCUGGGGCUGCGUCAGAUCCUCUCCCAGUCCACAGACUCCCUCAACAUGCGGAACCGAACCCUGUCCGUGGAAUCCCUUAUUGAUGAAGGUGUAGAAGUGUUCUACAAUGAGCUGAUGAGCGACUUUGAGAUGGAUGAGAAGGACUUUGAGGCGGAUUCUUGGAGCCUUGCCGUGGACAGCAGCUUCCUGCAGCAGCACAAAAAGGAAGUGAUGAAGAAGCAAGAUGUCAUCUAUGAGCUGAUCCAGACAGAGCUGCACCACGUGAGAACCUUGAAGAUUAUGACCCGCCUCUUUCGCACUGGGAUGCUGGAAGAGUUGCAGAUGGAGCCAGAAGUGGUCCAGGGCCUGUUCCCCUGCGUGGAUGAACUCAGUGACAUUCACACACGUUUCCUUAAUCAGCUUCUGGAACGGCGGCGCCAGGCUCUAUGUCCAGGCAGCACCCGGAACUUUGUCAUCCAUCGUUUGGGUGACUUGCUCAUCAGUCAGUUCUCAGGUUCCAAUGCUGAGCAGAUGCGCAAGACCUACUCAGAGUUCUGCAGCCGCCACACCAAGGCCUUAAAGCUCUAUAAGGAGCUGUAUGCUCGAGACAAACGCUUCCAACAGUUCAUCCGGAAAAUGACCCGCUCAGCUGUGUUGAAGCGGCAUGGAGUUCAGGAAUGCAUUCUCCUGGUGACUCAGCGGAUCACCAAAUACCCUGUGCUCAUCAACAGAAUCCUGCAGAAUUCCCACGGGGUUGAAGAAGAGUACCAAGACUUGGCGUCAGCCCUAGGACUAGUGAAGGAGUUGUUGUCCAAUGUGGACCAGGAUGUGCACGAGCUGGAGAAAGAGGCCCGCCUGCAGGAGAUUUACAACCGAAUGGAUCCCCGGGCUCAGACCCCCGUACCUGGCAAGGGCCCCUUCGGCCGAGAUGAACUUUUACGGAGAAAACUUAUCCAUGAAGGCUGCCUGCUCUGGAAGACAGCCACAGGCCGCUUCAAAGAUGUCCUGUUGCUGCUGAUGACAGAUGUGCUCGUGUUUCUCCAGGAAAAGGACCAGAAAUACAUUUUCACGUCUCUGGACAAGCCCUCAGUGGUGUCCUUGCAGAACCUCAUCGUAAGAGACAUAGCCAACCAGGCGAAAGGGAUGUUUCUGAUUAGUUCUGGACCGCCUGAGAUGUAUGAGGUGCAUGCAGCGUCCCGAGACGACCGGACUACCUGGAUCCGUGUCAUCCAGCAGAGUGUGCGCCUGUGCCCGUCCAGGGAGGACUUUCCUCUGAUCGAGACAGAGGAUAAGGCGUAUCUCCGGAGGAUCAAGACGAAACUGCAGCAGAAAAACCAGGCGCUAGUGGAGCUGCUACAGAAGAAUGUUGAGCUGUUUGCCGAGAUGGUCCACUUCCAGGCCUUAAAGGCUGGCUUCGUUGGAAUGCCCCCACCCGCCCUGCCCAGGGGCCUUUUCCGUCUUGAGUCCUUUGAGUCCCUCCGAGGCGAGCGCCUGCUAAAGGAUGCCCUCCGUGAAGUGGAAGGCCUGAAAGACCUGCUGUUGGGCCCAUGUGUGGACCUGCCUAUGACAUCCCGAGAACCAGCCUUACCCUUGGACUCUGACAGCGGUAGCUGUCCUGGGGUCACUGCCAAUGGAGAGGCCAGAACCUUCAAUGGCUCCAUUGAACUCUGUAGAGCAGACUCGGAUUCCAGCCAGAAGGAUCGGAAUGGAAAUCAGUUGAGAUCACCACAGGAGGAGGUGUUACAGCCAUUGAUCAAUCUUUAUGGACUUCUACAUGGCCUGCAGGCUGUUGUGGUCCAGCAGGAAAGACUGAUGGAAGCCCUGUUCCCUGAGGGCCCUGAACGGUGGGAAAAGCUAUCCCGAGCCAACUCUCGGGAUGGUGAAGCUGGCCGGGCUGCGGUUGCUUCUGUAACUCCUGAGAAGCAGGCCACGGAGCUGGCACUACUGCAGAGGCAACACACCCUGUUGCAGGAAGAGCUGCGGCGCUGCCAGCGGCUCGGGGAAGAGCGGGCAACUGAAGCUGGCAGCCUGGAGGCCAGGCUCCGAGAGAGCGAGCAAGCCCGGGCCCUGCUGGAGCGGGAGGCUGAAGAGAUCCGCCGGCAGCUUGCAGCCUUGGGCCAAAACGAGCCACUCCCGGCAGAAGCGCCCUGGGCUCGCAGGCCUCUGGACCCACGGCGCCGCAGCCUUCCAGCGGGCGACGCUUUAUACUUGAGCUUCAAUCCCCCCCAGCCCAGUCGAGGCCAUGACCGCCUGGAUUUGCCUGUGACUGUUCGUUCCCUCCACCGACCCUUUGAUGACCGAGAGGCGCAAGAACUUGGUAGCCCCGAGGAUCGACUACAGGACAGCAGUGACCCUGAUACUGGUAGUGAGGAGGAAGUCAGUAGCCGCCUGUCUCCACCUCACAGUCCUCGAGACUUCACCCGAAUGCAGGACAUUCCUGAAGAGACAGAAAGCCGAGAUGGGGAGCCCACAGCUUCAGAGAGCUAAGGGGACACUUCCCCCACCCCCGCCUGGUGCCCCACUGAAGAACAUUAGUAAAGGGGGCAAACCUUGAAAGAACUGCUGAUUGUCCUUACCAGUUCCUGAGACCCCUGGAUACCUAGGGGCCAUGGGGACUUGGGGACAUAGAGGCCACUGCACUCCUGGUGUCCUCCAACAGCCACACCGCAGAUGCCAACUUUUCAUGCCUUCUCCCCCUACUUAGGAAAAAUUAUUUAUUUAUUGUUUAAUGGUUACAGGGGGCGGGCAGGGAGUAAUUUAAAGGGCCAGGGACAUGGGAACCAAGCCAUAAGUAUUGGAGAGCCUCUCCUCUAAUACCACUGGGAUAUGUUUGGCCUUAGCCACACAGCCUAACACCCACCCCAGUGACACCCAUCUGUGGCCACAGCCUACUGCCCCUUUAAGGAGGGCUGUGGGUAGGACCAUGUCCCUUCCCCCACUCCCCCUAGCCUCUUUCUGCUCUUCGUUCUCAUCAUCCUCCAUGGAAAUCUGGCUCCUUGGAGUUGAUGGAGCAGAGGCUAGGGCGGCCAUAAUGUAUGGGGGAGGGGAAGGAAGAACCUACAGGGACCAGAAUGUUUGGUUUUUAGUUUUUGUUUUUUUGUUUUUGUACCAAAGCCAACCACACCUGUUUUAUAUUUUUAAAAGAAGAUUGUAGGCACUUCUAGCUCCAUAUCUUUGAACUUGAGGAAUUAGGGAGACAGUGACUUAUUUCAUUGACCGUCAGGGGGCUCCUAUUCAGAACUCUUCCUCAGCCAUUUGGAAGAAGCUCUAAGGUGGGUUGGGAAACCUCUACGAACCCUCACCUCAUCUCCCACAGCGGCAACGUUUGAAACGUAAGCAAGAAUUGAGGGAGGGGGAUUUUUUUUUCAAUGCAACCCUAAUGUCCACCAGCGAUAGCCAUUUGUCUGCAAAUUUAAUUGUUAAAAAACAAAACAAAGCAAACAGUAACAACAAAGAAAAGAGAAAGAGAGAGAGAGAGAGAGAGAGAGAGAGAGAGCUCAAGCAGGGAAAAGACCUAAAGCGCAUGAGGUGCUGACUCAGUGCCCGAUCCAAGGACUGCGGUGCAUGCAGCCAGGCAGUGACCACGGUUUCUGAAAAGGGGCUGUCACUACCUCACUGAAGAGGGCAUGAAUGGAUGCAGCUGCUCAAACUCUUAUUAAAAAUCUUAAAAUUGCAAGGCUGGAAAUGAAGCGCCGUUCAGCCUCCAGCGGCUGUUAAUGAUGCACACAUUAGAAAACUCGUUUGCAUCUUAUUCAUCUGCCAUGCUUGGAUAGCACAUCUGGUUCUUGCCACCCCUCUGUUCCCCUCCCUGCCCCUCCCAUUUUCAUGCCCACCCUGGCUUAGGUCUCUGAGCAGCAGCCUGUACCGCUCUGUCUCUUGGAGAGGCCGUAAGUGGUUUCAGUUCUUGGUUUUGGCUUAUUCCACUUCCUGUUUCUAGGCCCUACGCUUAGGCCACGGGGCAGGGACAGGGAAUGCCCAUCCCCACAACCUGAGAAGCGGGGUGUGAAGAAGGGUCUCAGGACCCCACCGAAAAGGGGAAUUGAAGUUGCGUGGGCUGCAGCAGGCCUUGUGGGAAGCAUCCUUGCCCUCCAGCAGCUUCUGGCCCUCAGGAGGCACUUUCUCUCUAAAUCAUGGGAUUCUUCGGCUAUAGGAAUUGUUUUAUAAAUUUAUUUACUUUAGUAUUUAUUAUCUUUGAGACAAGGUCUUGCAGUGAAGCCCAGGCUGGCCUUGGAUUCAAGGCAAUCCUCUUGCUUCGGCCUCCCAAAUGCUGCAAUUACAGGCGCAAGCCAGUAUGCCCAGCCCACUGUGUUUUUCUUUUACAUAAUGGGUGCAAAAAAGUUGCCAGGCCAAAAAACCAGCCCCCACUUCCUCUGCCUGACAAAUGCCUCAGAUUCAAGCCCCCCGAUGCUCAGCAGCUGUGCUGGAGGCAGCGCUAAGCACCGGGGCCCAAGCAUGCGAAGGUCAGGUGGACGAGACUAUUACAGAGUCUGGAGAAGAGCAGGACAGUUUCCCAGCCUUCCCCAGAGGGGCCGGGAGGAAAACCUAGAACCUGAGAUGGAUCUUCAGAGUAGGAGUUGGGAGAGCCUGGGCUCCUUCCAUUGCCUUAUUACCAUAGCCGCAGUCCAGCAUCAGCCAGAGCCUUUCCCUUCCUCCUGUCAUCAUCUGUCCCUUCCUUGUCCCCCUCCCUGAUCCCACUUUCUGAACCUAAAGUCUUCAUUUUUGCCCCCACCGUCCUCCCUCCCACCCCCGCUGCCAUUUCAAAGCCCUGUGACUGCUCUGAGAACCAGGGUCCUGCUAGCUUUUUGCUUAAACCACAUAGCUCCCUUAGAGGAGGCUCUAGACCUGGGCAUGCCGCGCUCCACUUUCCACCCCCUUUUCUCCAUGCUGCCCCCUCCAAGUCAGGGCUACACACCGUUCCUUGAGUUGGUUUUGUCAAUAUUUACCCCCUGGGCACUGUAAAGCAGAUGCCCCCAGAAAAGGCAAUAUCCGGACCCAGCGGGACCUGAGGGGGCAGGAGGAAGGAUGCUCAGGCGCGGGAGGAUUACCCACCUUCCUGGAUGGCUGGGAGUAGAACUGGCAUUUUGGAGCCAGUUUAAACAUCAUAAAGAGGAAAUGAAACAUCGAGAGGCUAAUUAAAUCUUGUUCCCGUCCUUUAA